CGUUCCUCCUCUUCGGACUUUUGGAGAUAAGAGGUCUCGCGGUGGCAUAACUCAUGCGCACUUGCAUCUCACCACUUUGGCUGAACCAUCCAACGGCAUUUCGUUUCCCUUUUCCAGCCGUCGGUGAGACGCAAAAUUUCCAGACAACCAGGCGCUUCAAUCAGUGGCCUGCAGCCGUCCAGAUGAGCUCUUAAUAAGGGGCGCCUCAAUCAUCGCGCCACGCCGACCCCUCGUCGUAACUCAUACAUACGAUAAAAUCCUCGCUUCCUUCUCAUUGCGUCUCGUUGCGCAAAACCAUCCUCUUUCUUCGUUCAGAUUUGAUUCUCACAAUCUGCGGCGGAGCAACUCAUCAACAUGGUGUCGUUAACCCACCUCCCCCCGGAGAUCCUACAUAACAUCUUCAGUUUCGUAGAUCCCGAGGACCUGGCCAGGAUCCCCUUCACAUGUCGGCUGUUGAACAACUUCAUCAAGGACAACAAUGCCCUGUGCCGGGCCAUCUAUCUGCGCAUCUUGGAUGAACCCCCGACAAGGGACCUCAACUUCGAGCAGGAACUGCACGAGCUGGUCAUGCUCAAGAAAAUCUGCUCCGCCAAAGACAGCGCUAAUAACGAGCAAAUACAAUCCCACCUCCCCUUUGUCUACCGCGCCUUCACGCGCCUGCUCAACCACGCCAUCCAGGUUCCCGCGCCUGUCGGCAUCACCACCAAGGAGGGCAGUGGCGCCAGCUCCAGCAGGAGCAUAAACCAACCGUUCGCUCGCAAAUCGCGCGCCCAGACCUUCCCGGCCUCCCGCAAUGCCGCCCUCCUUGCGACGCUCUUCAGCAACGAGCGUACCCGCGAGCGCUUCCUGACCCGCUCGUUCAUCUACGAGCUGGGCCGAGACCGUAUGAUGCCUGGCAUCUCCGGCCACCCGCAGCUGGACGCGUACGACUCCGAGUCGGGUUCCGAGAACGACCCCGACAACGCGGGCCGACGCCGGCCGCGUCGCUCCCGCACGGAGUUCGGCUGGCGCAAGCCACGGCGACCGCGCGAGGCGUACCAGAUGAGCGCCAAGCUGCACUGUCUGUACGGGUGGGGGCUUGGGACGGAUGAGGCCGAAGUGGCGCCCGGGGCGGUCAACGGCGAGGCGAGGAGGCGGGCCAUCUGGGCGGCGCGGCGGGGCGGCGGUGUGUUUUCGCUCGCUUCCUCCAAGGUGUACGACAUGCGAGAGUAUACCCCGCGGACGGAAUGGGGCCCUUUCUUGGACGAAGAUAACGGCUCCUCCGGGGUGAGGGUGGAUUGGGAGAAGGUCGAGGCCAUCCUGAUUGUGCUGGGGACGAAUAUCCGGUCCAAGAGGCUCGAACGGUUCCCUAUCUUCUGGCACUUCUGGGGCAGACCGCUUGCUGGCUGCUGGGCUGGAAGUUACAUCCCGUGGUCGAGAGACAGAGAGCAGGGGAAGGAGAAAGAGAUGUCGGGGCUGGAUGGGAGGGAUCCGUAUGGAGUCAGUGGAAGCUGGCUGAGAGUUGUUUCUUUCCUCGACUACAGCGACUUCUUCAACUUCAACUUCCCCGUCAUCGACCGGCUCCCGCGGGACGUGCCGCGAGCGCCGCUCAACGCCGGCCAGGCGACCAGGCUGAUCUUGAUGCGAAUACGUGUGACCAAGAUCGAGCCGCCCGGCGAGCGCGACCACCCGGACCACCCGGUGGUCUACUUCGAGGGCUUCUCGCGGGCGCUAGACGGGUCGUGGGCCGAGGACGCUGACGCGAACCUCCGCGGCACCGUCCGCGUGACUCCCGAGGGCGAGGUCCGCUGGACGAGCUAUUCCAUCUUCGACGGGGAGGAGAGGUGGAAGAGCGAGGGCAUCCAGCUCGGGGGCAUUCGGUCGGCCAGGGGCGUCGUGGGGACCUGGUUUGAUAAGGACUUCAAUCCGCAGGGACCCUGCGGGCCGACGGCGUUCUGGAAGAUCUCGGACCGCCAGUUCGCCGGGGAGGAUGGUUCGCAGGUCCUGCUGGAGGAUCUCUUCCCGUUGAUAGCCGACGACAUGCAAGAAGACCCUGCGGCCCGUGGCUCGGCAGAUGAGGACCUCGACCACUUUGGGGCGGAAGCAGACUGGGCGGAGUACGAGAUGGAGGACGAGCUGGACGCGUUGUACUAUUUUGACGAUGAUGACAUAUUCGACGUCGAGGACGGCGAGGCGUACCAGCCGAGUGAGCUUGAUGAGGUGGACGACGAAGACGAAGACGAGGUGGGUGGGGAGACAGAUGCGGAGCAGGACACCCCCUAACUGCAGGGGGGUUAGAAUUGGAGUGUCUUGGUCUUUUUCUGAGUGUAAGUUUCGUAACGCGGUGGAUUGUUAUCUUGUCGCAGCCGGAGAAGAAACCUCGGACACCUCAGUGC